CUCACGGUGCCAUUACGAGUACAGUACGUACAAACAAGACCUUGGAGCACGCAUCAUUGUGUGUCGCGGUGUCUUCAGCAUCCUGCGAAACUGCCUCUUCCCUCUUCCCAAUCCAUUGUACCGCUUGGGCUCAUACUUUUACACUUUGGAGGUUUCAAAAGCAACCCCCUUCGCAACAUCGAUAUCAAGAAGUUCAGAAGCAGUGCGCUCGAAACCAAAACCAUGGGAUUCUUCAAGCUGUUUCGACGCACCAAGGCCGUCAAAGCCUCGAAGGAUGUGGGAGGAUCCAAGAAAGAGCAGCAGUGUGUCAAUGCUUCUGAAACAAUGUGCGAAUCUCAGGCAUCCAUGUAUUCCGUACGGAUUGGGAACAAGGAAAUCAUUGAGGCUUACAUGGCAGCCAAGAAUCGACAUGCUCCCGUGGAAGAGUUGCUUUCAUACUAUACCUCAGAAGAUGCCAAGGCAAACUUUGACGAUCAUGGAUCCAUGACAGCUUGUCAAUUGGUUUUGGAGAUUCGCAAGCUCUAUGAAGGAUUUGAGAACAUCCUGUUCACCUAUGAGUCUAUUGAAGAAGUUCGUCCAGGAGAAGUGCUUGUGGAACAUUUGGUUGUCACUGGAACGCAUACUGCUGAUCUUCGGGUGAUGGACUUCCCUGUCAUUCCUGCCACAAACCGACAUGUGGUAUUGGAUCCAGAACGCUUGUGGUUUACUUUGAAGGAUGGCAAGAUUCACAGGAUGGAAGUCACAGCAUUAGGGAACCUUACAGGCCCGCCUGGGUUGUAUGUGUCAGUUGGAGGCAAGUUGGAGAUGCCAAAAGAGAAUUAAAUGAGAUCAAGGUGUUUCCAGCACCGCCUGUUUCAGCUCUUUGCUUGUGCAAUGCAUCCUUUAUACUAGUAAUGGUUCUAAAGAUACAUAUAUGAAAUGGAAU